CGCGCGGCGCGGUGCACGCUGGGAUAUUUAAGUCUUCUCCGCGGCGCGGAGCCGCGAUGUCUCCGGCGGCUGCGGCGGCUGGAGGAGGCGAGCGGCGGCGGCCCCCUAUAGCGAGCGCCCGGGACGGCCGGGGCCGGGCCCGGGGCUGCGGCGGGCCGGCGGGGGCGGCGCUGCUCGGCCUCGUGCUGCUCGGCCUCGUGCUGUACCUGGUGCCCGCGGCGGCGGCGCUGGCCUGGCUGGCCGUGGGGGCUACCGCGGCCUGGUGGGGACUGAGCCGCGAGCCCCGAGGCCCGCGCGCCCUGCCGUCGUUCGCUCGCAGCGCGCGGAGGCAGCGAACGCUGCUCGCCUCGCCCCCAGCCAAGUCGGCAGUAAACGGCAGCCUCCUAGAGCCUCGGACCCUGCUCGAAGGACCCGACCCCGCCGAACUGCUCCUCAUGGGCAGCUACCUGGGCAAGCCCGGCCCGCCGCAGGCUGCCACCGCCCCGGAAGGCAGGGACCCGCGGGAGCGGCCCGGACGCCGCCCGCCCGUCCGCUCCCCGCCGCCCGCGGCCCAGCGCGUCGCGCACGUUUACCCCUCUCCCCCCACCCCUCUCCUCCGACCCUCCAGGAGGCCUCCGCACAGGGAUUGUGGGACUUUACCCAAUCGAUUUGUAAUAACCCCUCGAAGACGCUAUCCAAUCCAGCAGGCCCAGUAUUCCUUCCUGGGGGUGCUACCCACAGUGUGCUGGAAUGGUUGUCACAAGAAGGCUGUGCUCUCUGCUCGGAACUCCAAAAUGGUGUGUAGCCCAGUGACAGUGAGGAUUGCUCCUCCGGAUAGCAAGCUAACUCGUUCUCCAAUACCAGAGCGGUUAAUCAACUCAACACUGCCCUCACCAUCAAGUAAUGUUCCAGACCCAUGUGCAAAGGAGACUGUACUGAAUGCCCUCAAAGAGAGGAAAAAAAGGAUUGUGGAGGAAGAAGACCAAAUAUUUGUGGAAGGCCAAGAGAAUAAGAGAAGGCGCCAUGAUAGCAGUGGGAGUGGACAUUCAGCAUUUGAGCCCCUGGUGGCCAAUGGAGUCCCUGCUUCUUUUGUGCCUAAGCCUGGGUCUCUGAAGAGAGGUCUCACUUCCCAGAGCGCAGACGACCACUUGAAUAAGCGAUCACGCACCUCUUCUGUGAGCUCCCUGACAAGCACGUGCACAGGUGGCAUUCCCAGCUCCAGCCGCAAUGCGAUUACCAGUUCCUAUAGUUCUACCCGAGGCAUCUCACAGCUGUGGAAGAGGAGUGGUCCUCCUGCAUCCCCCUUCUCUAGCCCAGCUUCCUCCCGCUCCCAGACCCCGGAGAGGCCAGCCAAGAAAACAAGAGAAGAGGAGCCGGGUCCACAUUCCAGCUCCCCGACUCCACUGGUGGCCGACAAGGAGUUCCAGGGAGAGAGGGUUGCAGACACAACCACACAGAAGCAGCAAAACUCGUGGGCUUCCCCAGCUACACCUGGCAGCUCUGGACAGCGGAAACGGAAGGUCCCGCUGCUGCCCUCCAGGCGAGGGGACCAGCUGACCUUGCCUCCACCACCUCAGCUCGGUUAUUCUGUCACUGCUGAGGACCUUGACCUUGAGAAGAAAGCUUCACUCCAAUGGUUCAAUAAGGUCUUGGAGGACAAGGCUGAUGUUCCUGUGAACUCCGUGGGUGAGAGCCCACCUGCCACUCAGCCCUCUUUCACCUUUACCCUGCCUGCGGUGGGGACCACUUCCUCAGCAGCCUCUUCCCCAGCCACAGGCACCAACCCAUUGUUAGAGAGCCUGAAGAAGAUGCAGAGCCCCCCAGGCCCAUCCCUCCCAGAAGCUGCCGGAGUGGCAACCACCAUGGCCCCUUCACCUCUGAAGACACCCAGCCUUCUGGCCCCUCUCGGCUCUUCACCACCAGGGCCCCUGCCAGGCACCUCUUCAGAUUCAAAAUCCACAGCCAAUUUCUUGGGGCUGGUCCCUGCUUCCUCCCCGGCACCCAUCACUGACACCAAGUCACCUCCAGCCCUUCAGGCCGACACACCUGCCAAAGCUUCAGGCCCGCCUGCCCCCUCCCCGACCCCCAAGCAAGGCUUGCUGUUUGGCGGGCCGAGCAGCGUGCCCUCUGACCCCUCCCCGGCCGCCCCAGCCGUGUCUUCUGCUUCUCCCAUGUUCAAGCCCAUUUUCGCGACACCACCUAAAAGCGAGAGCGAAGGCCCCUUGCCAUCCAGCCCCUCCACUGCAGCCACAGCUCCUUCCAGCUCCACCCUCCCCACAACCACCAGCGCUGCCACCCCAACUUUUAAACCCAUCUUUGGUGACCUGGGGCCACCUGCGUCUGUGCCCUUGCCUGCUCCCUUUUCCUUCAAGCCAACAACUGCUGCGACUGCUGCUGCAGCCCCAGCUGCCCCUCUCUUUGCUGGCCUGGCCACUGCCACCUCUGCCGUGGCCACCACCACCACCAGUGUGCCCACAGACUCUGCUUCUAAGCCUGCUUUUUGCUUCGGGGUCAGCAACGUGGCUAGCACUGGGCGCAGCGCGACCGGAAGUGUGACCCCUGCCUCGCAGCCCUUCCCCUUUGGGGCGCCCCCUGCCUCUGCCACCAGCUUUGCCCCAGCCGUGGGCUCUGUGUUCCAGUUUGGCAAGUCCACUGCCUUGCCAGCGUCCACAGCAGCUGCUACCUUUGGCCAGUCCCUGCCUGGUGCUGUUGAGACGGCCACCAGCAGCAGCAGCGGCGGCAGCAGCACUGCUGGCUUCAGUGGCUUUGGUGGCUCCCUCACCACCGCAGCCGCAGCCGCAGCCACCAGCAGCCAGCCCACACUGACUUUCAGCAGCACGACCACCCCUGCGUUCAACAUUCCCUUUGGCUCGAGCACCAAGCCCCCGCUCCCAGCAUACCCAGCAGCCAACCCCCAGCCCACAUUCGGGGCUACUGAUGGGCAGCAGCAGGGGUCCUCCAAGCCAGCCCUUGCCCCAGGCUUUGGCAGCUCAUUCACUUUUGGGAACUCAGCGGCCCCUGCCCCAUCUGCAGCGCCAGCGCCGGCCCAGCCAGCCUUUGGCAGCUCAGCACAGUCGGCUUUUGGCUUGAAGACCACGGCCUCGGCCUUCGGCGCCCCUGCCAAUGCGCAGCCAGCCUUUGGCGGCACCACGGCUGUCUUCUCGUUUGGUGCAGCCACCACCUCUGGCUUCGGAGCUACCACCCAGACCACCCCCAGUGGGACCAGUGGCUCAGUGUUUGGCAGCACGACUCCAUCCCCUUUCACCUUCGGGGGAUCUGCAGCCCCAGCUUCCAGUGGGGGCUUCGGGCUCAGUGUGGCAGCCCCAGGCCCCAGCUCCACCUCCGGGGCAUUCAGUUUUGGAGCUGGACAGAGUGGGACCACAGGCACCACCACCCCCUUUGGCGGGGGCUUGAGUCAGAACGCCCUGGGUGCACCCAGCCAGAGCACACCCUUUGCCUUCAACGUGGCCGGCACCCCUGAGAGCAAGCCUGUGUUUGGAGGCACCUCCACACCCACUUUUGGGCAGAGCACCCCAACUGCUGGAGUGGGCACAGUGGGCAGCAGCCUGUCCUUUGGGGCUUCCUCAACACCCACCCAGGGAUUUGUUGGAGUCGGGCCUUUCGGAUCGACAGCCCCUUCAUUCUCCAUCGGUGCGGGAUCCAAGACCCCAGGGGCCCGGCAGCGACUGCAGGCCCGAAGGCAGCACACCCGCAAGAAGUAGCCUCUGUCCCUGUCCCCAUUCCCCUGCCCUUGCCCAAGUCUGGACCUCAGCACCUGCUAGGAAGAGCCUCUGACCCUUUGAGUUCCAUAAGACAGAACUACCCUAGAUCUCUGGCUUCAGCCACCAGGGAGUGGUGGCAGCCCUGGGCCCUUUCCCUUCUGGAGGAAGCGGCGCCUCAGGGAAGGAGCCGGCAGGGGCAGGGCUGAAGCCGAUACCUGUACUUGAACAGUUCCACUGGUGAGGCUGGAGAACUAAAGGAACAUCUGUACAUACUGUCUGCUCACUUCCCUGGCUCCUGUAGUGUGUCACGUAGUCAGGUGGCCGCCUCUCCCCAUGUUACCCAAGAUCCAUCCUUGCCAGAGGGUGUGCGAGGCACCUGCCCGAGUGUUGCGUUUGGUGGGAUUGGGGAAAUGGGUCCUCCCUAAGCUUCACCUGCUUGGCUAGGCUCUAAGAAGUGGUUCUCUUCCUCUGGUCCCUUUCGGGGACUCUUAUUUCCCCGUUUCUUGCUGCUUUGUCCCUCACUGGUCCCCUGCAGGAUUUAUUCCUUUUUAAAUGACCUUGAAUCUAGCUUUGCCUUGGAGACCCCAGUGGGUGUUGCUCCUGCUGCCCCCUUCACCCUGCCAAGUCCCAGUUCCACCUCCCUCCCUCUGCCAGCUUGGCCCCUAAACACUUGGUGGCUCAAGACUGUUAGUCUGGCAGGGCCAGGAGUGAGCCCUCGCCCAGGAGCUGCUCCUGGAGCAGGCAGGGUGCCCACACCGCUGCUUUCUGCUGCCCCCCGCUGGCCUGACUGGCAUCCUCUGCCUCUCCAGGAUCGUACACCCCACGCCUUGUCCUGUGUUACUGUCUGAAGCCCGUGUCUGUUGCUCUUUGAAUUGAGUUUGGAGGAAGAAUCGAAUUGUAUGUGUGGCGGCAUGUUGGUAGUGCCGGACUUAACUGUCUCAAGUCUCUGGGCCUGGCUAAUCAAAGUGGCACCACUUGAGGGCCACAGUGCUGGCUCCCGAGUUUCCCAGUGGUGUUUAGACUAAGGGCUGGCAGCCCAGGGGACGGGGCCUUGGGGAAGCAAGAGACCCUUUCCUUCCACCGUUUAUCCCCCACCUCCCUGACCUCCCUCAGCAAGGCCUCAGUGUCCAGUCCACACCAACGCACCCUUCCUUGAAGUGGCACCUGGGUUCUUUCCCAAACAGGACCCCCUCCAACCCUUCCCCCCGUUCUCUCCCUGGGUCCAAAACCACACUCCCCAGGCCCCAUAGCCUUGCUGCCAUGCCCAUCUUCUUUGGGAGAAGUAUGAAUGCGUGUGUCUAAAUUAAAAGAAAAUAUUUAAACAUUUUUUAACAAAAUAAAAAUUUAUUUUUGUAUUUAAGCUAAAUUGCCUUUUAAAUUCCUUCAAGCUUGGUUCAUUGAGGUGGUUAAGUAUAAAUGCUGUUGACUAGGAGUUAGCCGUCUAGUUAGGUUCACCUGUGUGAAGAAGGGGCCCAAGUGCUGUCCCAGGCAGCUUUCCGAGGGGCUGAGCUCCUUCUGGACGUGUCUGUUAUAAAUGUAUCUCUUUAUUUUAUGAACAAUGUGACGUAGCUGUAGUACCCUUUGUGACUGAGGCUGAAUGUCUGGUGGCAGGGGACUGCUCCCACCCAGGAGAGUGGGGCACCUGCCAGCUUGGCUGUGUGGGGCUGAGGAAGGAGCCUGCACCUCAAGUCCCACACCUGUUUGGGGUUGGCGGGGUGGGGGCAUAGGUCUAGCAGCGAGGCUUCUGCCUCGGUCUGGCCAGGCAGAUCCUCCUGGUUCUAGUCCCACAGUUCACCUCAGCUCCACAGCAGGCUGCUGGGUCCAAGAACCCCUUGGGGGUGGGGCCUGCUACAGCCUGGGCGUGAGUGUGGACAUGGACGUGUUCGUGCGCUGGACGGAACAGGAGGCUGGACUUUCCAUUACAAAUAAAGACUUAAUUCCUGUCGAGUCUAGGUGGACUUUUUAGUAUGAAUGUGAGGUUUUCUCCUUGCUUAUGUCAUUAAGAAUAAAAAACUGUGACCUGUCA